AACGUUAGGGGAGUACUAUGAUACAAUAUUGCCACGCCUUUUUUGCCCGAAAUGGAUUAGCAAUGUCUGUCUGACGACGAUGAUGAUCUGCAGCUGUGUUCUACACAGAGUAAAGAACACAUGGAAUACUUUUUAAUGUGGAGCUGUUUACUUUGGUAGUUACUAUGCAGAUUUGUAAUGUUUGUAAGUCGGGUUCUCCAAAAUAUCGUUGUCCGGCCUGCGAGAUAAAAUACUGUUCUGUUGCUUGCUAUAAGAAGCAUAAAGAUGAAUGUACUCCCAAGACAAAGCCAGCUGUUUGGAAAAAUUCAUCACCUCCGCAUGGAAAGAGUUUUGAAGAAGGAGAUUGGUCUGUGGAUGAUAUUCUGCAGGAGUCAGAAGAUGAGGAAUCUGACAGAGUGCCUUUACGUGUCCUGAAACUUUUAGGACAGUCUAAAAAACUGAAAGCCUUGCUUCACAACCCUCACCUUAGGCAGGUGUUGCUAGAUGUAGACCAGGCUGAGGACAAGGAUCAUAUAAUGAAAGCUGCCAUGCAGGAACCAUUAUUCGUGGAACUUGCAGACCAGUGUCUGAAAGUAGUUGAACCUCCAGAUGUUAGCACAGUAUCAACUGAGUCUGAUGAUGACUUUUGAUUCCCGUUUGUUGGAGAGAACUGUAACCCUUGCCAUAUUUUUGUGACACUAUUGUGCAUCUGACUAGUGCAAAUACGUUUCUCUAAAGGCAACCGUUACACUGGGUUCAAGGAAUUUGCAGAACUUUUAGUAUUUUUUUACUUUUUUGCUUUUCUGAUGGGCCAAGAGCUGCACUGGAUGUGAUUGCAGUGAAAAACACUCAUUCAUGAUGGCAUACAGUUUGUAAAAAUAAUUUGACAUAUUUCCAUGACUCUGCUUUUGCUUAAUGUUUAACUGCAAAUUUGUUCAGGUGGGCACUAUCCUGUACUUGGAUCCACAAACAACAUUAUAAUGUGCAUUAUUGUUGUCCAGGGCUUUUCGCAACAGACACAGAUUUUUAAAAGGUACCACAGUUAAAGAUGGCAUGCUUCCUUUUUGAUAGUUGUAAAUGUCAUAGCUCUUGGGGGGGACAAAACACAUUUAACUGAAAAGUUGAAUUUCUGAUUUUGCUUGUAUGCUUUGUGCUAAAAGUGCUGAGAAAACAUGCAUUGGAAUUUCAGUUCCAACUACUAUUCA